CCGGCAGGACGACAACAUCCUCCCCGGCUUCAUUGAAUAAUAGUAAAUUGAUUAACCAAUUUGUUGAAAACUGACAGCUAAAAAAUGCCGAACCUCGCUGGCCGUAGGUUAUCUCCGGUUGACGUCAUCAAGGCUGAGUUAGGAGAUUCGAGUCCUCACAAGCGUAAAUUGAGAUCUGAUUCGGCUACUCGAGAUGGUUCGGAUUCUUCAGUUCCUUCGCCGACGCAGAGUUCUCGGGUGAAGUGGAAAUCACCUCGCCGAUGUCCAAAUGACAGUCCGAAGAUUAAUAGUCCUUCCAAAGACAAUGAAAAAUUUUCCCGUGGAAAGGUAGUGACGUCGAGCAAAUCACCCGUUAAGAAAAAGUUAUCCGAUAGUUUUCUGGAUAAACCGAUCUGGAAUCCUACAGAUGUGGAUCAAUUGAGUUCUGUGAAGGAGGCAUUGCAUGUUUCAACUUCUCCUUCUACUGUAGUGUGCCGCGAAAACGAGCGAACUAGGAUGUUGGAGUUCUGCCAAAGAUGCAUUGAGCUAGAAACUUCAGGCAGUAUGUACGUAUGUGGUUGUCCAGGGACUGGAAAGUCGCUAAUGAUGGAGAAAGUUAAAGAGGCAUUGGUUGAAUGGGCAAAAGAGGCAGGACUUCAGCCACCAGAUAUAGUAUCUAUCAAUUGUACUUCUCUUGCAAACACUUCAGAAAUUUUUAGUAAGAUUCUUGGGAAAAGUUCACAGCAAAAUAAAUCAGGCGGUUCUAUUUCCCCUUUGAAGACUCUUCAGAACAAUUAUUCUCAGAAGCAGCAUUCAAAUGGGAUGAAAAUGACGUUGAUAAUUGCCGAUGAGUUGGAUUAUCUGAUAACAAAAGAUAGGGCCGUGCUUCAUGAUCUUUUUUUGCUCACAACACUACCAUUUUCCAGAUGUAUCUUAAUAGGAAUUGCUAAUGCUAUUGAUCUAGCUGAUAAAUUUCUUCCUAAAUUGCAAUCACUGAACUGCAAGCCUAUGGUGAUUACUUUUCGACCCUAUUCCAAGGAUGAGAUCAUUGUAAUUCUGCGACAGAGAUUAGUGGCACUUCCCUAUGUCGUCUUUCAGCCACAAGCACUGGAACUUUGUGCUAGGAGAGUUGCUGCUGCAUCUGGAGAUCUUCGGAAGGCUCUUUGGGUUUCCAGGAGUGCAAUUGAGAUAUUAGAAGCUGAGAUAAGAGACUCCGUCGAUUACCUGAAUCUGUCAGGAGUAGAUGAACGGUUUGGCACUACUUUGGCAAAGCAAGAUUCUACAAUUGUGAGAGUUGAUCAUAUGGCUCUUGCUUUAUCAAAGGCAUAUAGAUCCCCGGUUGUAGAUACUAUACAAUCUCUUCCCCAACAUCAACAGAUUAUUCUUUGCUCUGCUGUUAAACUUUACCGCGGAGGGAAGAAGCAUACUACAAUAUGCGAGUUAAAUAGAAGUUAUAACGAUGUUUGUAAAUCAACUUUAAUCCCGCCGGCCGGAAUUGUGGAACUUUCGAGCAUGUGCAGAGUGCUUGUAGACCAGGGUCUUCUUAAACUGGGACAAUCACGAGAAGAUAAAUUAAGAAGAGUGACCUUAAAUAUAGAUGAGGCAGACAUUAACUUUGCAUUGCAGGGAGUUCGUUUCUUCCGAAAUUGUCUUCAAUACCAGUAACAGGCAGCAAGGAAAACACCUGAUUCGUUUUGCCAACUUUCCCUGCAAGUUCAUUCCUUGGACCUUCCUAGAACUUGAAACUUGGAAUGAGUUUAUAAUACUCAUUCAAGGCAAAACCAUCUAAAAAGGCACUACUGGUUGCAGACGAUAUUUGGUGAAUGAAUGACUCCAGCUCUUUCCCGUGUGGACUUCAGAUGCAGUCCAGAGCUUCAGCAUUGUAAGUACUGGCUAUUCUGUCGCACCUCUUGGAUGCUAUGAUUAGAAGAAAAGAACCAGCACAGGAUUUGAUUUCAACCAAUACUUCAAAGAGUUGCUAUUGGGGAUCUCCAUGUUUCUUGUUUCGCCUGGUCCUGCAUUAACAAUUUGGCAUAACAAAUACAGGAUCAUAAAGGAGCAAUUUCUUGUAAGUUACUGAAAACCACUUUGCACUAAAAGAAAGGUUGUGACAAAUAUUACCAUAUAAACUAUUUUUUUUAUUCUUUACAAAAAUGGUGAACAGAA